AUGGGUGGCUCAGCCCCAGAGCUGGAAAUCACGAUCAUCUCUGCCAAACACCUCAAGAAUGUUAAUUGGAGAAACGGAGAUCUGAGACCUUACGCCACCUUUUGGUUCAACUACAAUUACGACAAACCCCGCAAUACCACAAAAGUCGACAACUCUAAUUCAACCAAACCCGUUUGGGAUGAACACUUCGUCAUUGGUCUACCAUUCCCUCCCUACUCCACCUUUCUUAAGCUAGAGAUCCGCCAUAAUGCCCAACCACUUCACUUGCGGAAACAUUUGGUUGGAACCCUCCUUUUCAAGCUUAAAGAUCUACCUGAUCCAGAAAAUUCCAACCUCAUUCGAAAAUUCGAUCUUACCCGUCCAUCUGGUCGUCCCAAUGGUAAGAUCCACCUGAAGCUUUGCUUUCCCUGA